AAUCAACAUUUCUGUUUAUUAUGUCUGUACAUUUCUGAUGUAAGAAACGGAAUGAUUCCAUCGAGUGCGUGUUAUGCGUCGUUCCUUUUCUAGGAAAUCAACAUCCCCGAUUCAAAUAAACAAGCUCGUAUGGAGUUCAUCAGUCAGUGUGGUUUCGGUAAUGCGCGGCGACAAAGCUAACAACUGAUUUUGCUGUUGAUCCAAAAAGUUUAAACUUCAAAGUGGGACGUAAUUAUUUUAUUUAUCGUCUCGGUUAAAAUCUCAAGAUGAAUUCGAAUAAAUUAUUACUAUGUAUCGUUACGCUGAGUAUACAAACAUAUGCCUCCGCUUACGCUUACGGUUCUUUAUACCAAUCGAGUAAUAUGAAAUGUUCAUAUGGAGAACGUGGUUCUUUAACAGCUACAUGUGAAAACGCAACGUCAAAUUUCUUCAAAUCAACCCCAUAUCGUUUCGACAGUUUAGACGAGACGUUGAUUUGCAAAAAUUGCGAUUUAGGAAAUGUACCUUCGAAUGCCUUCGAUAUCACAAACAACCAAAUUGCAACCUUAAUACUACAAAGAAGUAACAUUCUAGGACUUUCUAAUGCUGCUUUUAUGGGUUUGAUCCAGCUAAAAGUACUCGAUUUAUCGUAUAAUUCGAUUCCAAGUAUUGCCCCCGGUGUAUUUAAAGGAAUAAAAAAUGUGAUAAGCUUAGAUUUGUCGCAUAAUAAUUUGGGGAUGUUAUUAAAAAAUGGGUUUUCCGAACUUGGUAAUUUAACAACCAUGCAUUUGAAUGAUAAUUUGAUUAAAUCGAUAGAUUCGGGGUCGUUUGAAAAAUUAGGCCAUUUAAAGCAUUUAGAUUUAACAAAUAAUUACGUUAAAGAAAUUACGGAUUCUUUCGUUGGAGUACCAAACCUUGAACAUUUGAUGUUAAGAAAUAAUUCUUUAACGGCAUUGCAACCAGAUCAAAUCAAUAUGACGAGCUUAAUAUCGUUGGAUUUAUCUCAAAAUAAAAUUCAAAAUUUGACGGCAUACGUUUUUUCAUCGUUAAAGAAUUUGGAACAAUUAAAUUUAUCGAGAAACGGAUUAGAAAACAUCGAAAAUGGUGCUUUUAAAGGACUUAGUAAGCUCGAAUAUUUAGAUUUAGAAAAUAACAAUAUUCAUACACUUCAAUAUGCCACUUUUAUUAGAUUACACAAUCUUAGGGAGUUACAUAUGCCUUACAAUAAAUUAUACGUAUUAAAGCUGGGCCUUUUUUCACCAAUGCCCGAGUUAAGAUAUCUCAACGUUUCUCAUAAUAACAUUCACGGCAUCGCCAAAGGAAACGUAAUGAAAUUAUACCAUCUCCACACGUUAGAUAUAUCUUACAACGACAUAACUGAACUUGAUUAUAAAGAUUUAUUUGAUCACGCCCAAAGAUUAGUGUACAUUACGGUUGACAAUAACAAUCUUCCAUGUUAUGUAGUUGAAGAAAUGAUCGAUUAUUUUAACGACGAUGGAGUAAUGUUUAGUAUAGACGACACAUCAAGUUUAAAACAAUCUUGUAAUAAAACUUUAACAAAAGAUAUUAGUUUAGAAAAGGAAAUGGUUAAAAUUGAAAAACUUGCAAUGCCAGAACCACCACAAACAUCCGGCAAUAUCUACGUCAUUUACGUGUUGUUAUGUCUUUUAACGAUUAUCGUUUGCUUCAUGGGUUACAUUCAAUUAAAAAUUUAUAAGGAGACAAUUGGAAGGAAAACCAACGAUAUCGCCGAAGUGAAUUUAAUUUCUUCUGGAGGACAUGCAAAUCAUGACGAUUAUUAAAACGUUUAUCGAAAAAGAAAUAGACAUAUAGUGAUUUUGUGAAACUCUAUGUGCCAUUACGACUGUUACAGGGAUCUUUAUGUAAAAAUUAAUAAAAAAAACUUAUUUUUAAUAAAAAAAUUUAAUCUUUA